CCUUUUUCAAUCUGCUUCAAUACAACAAAUGAAUGCUUUUCCAGAAGCAGAUACAAAAGCCUCCAAGAUUGCAAACAAUAUCACUCUUCUUUUUCUUUAUUGUAAAUCUGGACGAAACCGUGGGUUUGGCGCCGGCAGUGUUUCGUCAUUCUUGAUAAAAGGUACUUUCGGAGAGAUUUGGAUGAGAUAGAACAGUUGCAAGACACAAAAAAAAUAAAAAACAUUUUAAAAAGAAUCAUCAUGUCAAGCAAUGCAAUCAUAAUUAUUCUUUUGGUUCUUAAUAUCUCUUUGUUUCCAGCCAUCUCUGCCUUGAACCAAGAAGGUCUCUCUCUACUUUCAUGGCUUUCAACUUUUGAGUCUUAUUCUUCUGCUAGUUUUUUCACUUCAUGGAAUCCAACACACCAAACUCCAUGCAACUGGGACUAUGUCAAAUGUUCCAGUGAUGGUUUUGUUUCAGAAAUCACUAUAACUUCUAUUCAUAUUCCCACAAGCUUCCCUUCUCAGCUUAUAUCCUUUAGUCAUCUCACCACUCUAGUACUUUCAAAUGUGAACCUCACCGGAGAAAUUCCGCCUGCAAUUGGAAAUUUCUCUUCAUUGAUUAACUUGGACCUCAGCUUCAAUUCUUUGACAGGGAAUAUUCCAGCUGAAAUAGGAAAGUUAGCUGAAUUGCAGUUACUGUCACUUAAUUCCAAUAUCUUACAUGGUGAGAUAACAAAAGAAAUUGGAAACUGUUCGAAGCUUCGACAGCUUGAACUGUUUGAUAACCAGCUGUCAGGAAAGAUUCCAGCUGAAUUAGGCGAGUUGUGGGAUCUAGAAAUCUUCCGGGCAGGUGGUAAUUCAGGAAUUCAUGGUGAAGUUCCAGAGCAAAUAUCAAACUGCAGGGAACUAGUGCUUCUUGGUCUGGCUGAUACCGGGAUUUCAGGACAGAUUCCAAGUAGUAUUGGGGAGCUGAAGAAUCUCAAGACUCUUUCAGUCUACACUGCCAACAUCACUGGUUAUAUCCCACCACAAAUUGGUAACUGCUCAGCUUUAGAGGACUUGUUUCUUUAUGGAAAUCAAAUUUCUGGGAAGAUUCCUGAGGAAUUGGGUUUAUUGAAAAAUCUCAAAAGGUUGUUAUUAUGGCAGAACAAUCUGAGUGGGAGAAUUCCUGGAACUUUGGGGAAUUGUUCUAGUUUGACAGUUAUCGAUGUCUCUUUGAAUUCUAUAAGUGGUGAGGUUCCUGUGUCUCUUGUAAAUUUAGUUGCAUUGGAGGAGCUUCUUUUGUCAGGGAACAACAUUUCUGGAGAGAUACCAUCAUUUGUUGGCAAUUUUUCAAGUCUAAAGCAACUGGAGUUGGAUAACAACAAAUUUUUUGGUGAGAUUCCACCCACUAUUGGGCAGUUAAAGGAGCUUUCACUGUUCUAUGCCUGGCAGAAUCAGCUACAUGGAAGCAUACCGGAUGAACUAGCCAAGUGUAAGAAACUUCAAGCACUGGACCUUUCACACAAUUUCCUUACCGGGUCAGUUCCGAGUUCUCUUUUCAAUCUCAAGAACUUAACUCAGUUGUUGUUGAUAUCAAACAAAUUUUCGGGUGAAAUUCCACCUAAUAUUGGCAGUUGCAAUGGCUUGAUCCGUUUAAGAUUAGGAUCAAACAACUUCUCCGGUUAUAUUCCAUCAGAAAUAGGGCGUUUACAUAGAUUGAGCUUCCUUGAGUUGGCAGAAAAUCAAUUCAUAGGAGACAUUCCUCCUGAAAUUGGUAACUGCACUCAAUUAGAACUGGUAGAUUUGCAUAAAAAUAAACUUCAAGGAACAAUCCCCACAUCUUUCGGAUUCCUUGUUGGUCUUAAUGUUUUAGACCUUUCAAUGAACAGUAUAGGAGGCACAAUUCCUGAAAAUUUGGGCAAGCUGACAUCCUUAAACAAACUGGUAAUCAGUGCAAACAACAUCACUGGUUUGAUUCCAAAGUCACUAGGGCUCUGUAAGGAUUUGCAGCUGUUGGAUAUGAGCAGUAAUAGAAUCACUGGUUCCAUCCCCGAAGAGCUUGGCUGCUUGCAAGGACUCGAUAUCCUCUUGAACUUGAGUUGGAAUGCUUUAACAGGCCCCAUUCCGGAAAGCUUCUCAAACCUCUCAAAACUUGCCAACUUAGACCUCUCCAACAACAUGCUAUCAGGAAGUUUGAGAGUACUGGGUAGUCUUGACAACCUUGUUUCUCUGAAUGUCUCAAACAAUAAUUUUUCAGGUCUCCUUCCCAGUACUAAGCUCUUUCAUGACCUUCCUGCUUCUGCAUUUUCUGGGAAUAAAGAGCUCUGCAUUAACAGAACUCAGUGUCACAUGAAAGACAGUCUUCAAGGCAAGAAAUCCAGCAAAAAUCUUAUCAUCUGUGCUUUUCUCAGCGUAACGGUAACUAUGCUGAUUAUAUUCUUAGGAGUUAUGUUAUUUAUCAGAGUUCGCGGAGACACAUUUAGAAAGAAUGAUGACGAAGAAAAUGAUUUGGAGUGGGAUUUCACCCCAUUUCAAAAGCUUAAUUUCUCCGUAAAUGAUAUCGUGACAAAGCUGUCUGAUACAAACAUUGUUGGCAAGGGUUGUUCCGGGAUGGUUUAUCGUGUUGAGACUCCAACGAAACAGGUUAUUGCAGUGAAGAAGCUAUGGCCAUUAAAGAAUGGUGAGCUUCCGGAGAGAGACUUGUUUUCCGCAGAAGUUCAGACUCUUGGAUCAAUAAGGCAUAAAAACAUAUUGAGGCUUCUGGGAUGUUGCAAAAAUGGAAGAACUAGAUUGCUCUUGUUUGAUUAUAUCAGUAAUGGGAGCCUGGCUGGAUUGCUCCAUGAGAAGAAAAUUUUCUUGGAUUGGGAUGCAAGGUACAAGAUUUUACUGGGAGCAGCUCAUGGUUUAGCUUAUCUUCACCACGACUGCAUACCUCCAAUAGUUCACCGCGAUAUCAAGGCAAACAACAUCUUGGUAGGACCACAAUUUGAAGCUUUUCUUGCAGAUUUUGGACUUGCAAAGGUUGUUGAUUCUUCAGAAAAUUCAAGGGUUUCGAACAUAGUAGCAGGGUCCUAUGGGUACAUUGCGCCUGAAUAUGGAUACAGCUUGAAGAUCACAGAGAAGAGUGAUGUGUAUAGCUAUGGCGUGGUACUUCUAGAGCUCAUAACUGGAAAGGAACCAACUGAUAAACAGAUUCCAGACGGUGCCCACAUUAUCACUUGGAUCAACAGGGAACUUAGAGAAAAGAAAAGAGAUUUCACAACAAUUCUUGACCAGCAACUACUAAUGAGAUCAAGUACACAAAUUCAAGAAAUGCUUCAAGUUCUAGGAGUGGCUCUCCUCUGUGUAAAUUCUUGCCCUGAGGAACGGCCAACAAUGAAAGAUGUAACAGCAAUGCUCAAGGAGAUCAGACAUGAAAAUAAUGAUGAUAUAGAAAAGCCAAAUUCUCUUGGAAGAGGAAUAGUGUCCAACCCAAAAGCAGCAGUUCACUGUUCUAGUUUUUCUAGAUCAUCAGAACCUCUAAUUAGAUCACCACCUUCCUAAUAGCAUACUCUACUUGAACUUCAGUUUUUCAUCAAUAUUAUUUUUUCAAGUAACAAAAUAUUUGUAAAGAUUGAUAUCAUGUAGUGUCAAUAAUUGUCAUUCAGCUGUUGGUUUCAUUGACUUGAAGUGUAUUACUCAAUCUUGUAAUUAUACAGAUAGUUCAACCAACUUCAAAUUUGC